AUGACCGGGCUGCAUCGUGCGUAUUUACUCUUAUAUAACGUCAUUCUCGCUGCUGGCUGGGCAUCGAUCGGCUGGGCUGCAGUUAGAGAAUACAAUCACAGCGGCCAUGUCAAGCAUCUGUUCCGCGCCACGGAAAAGUCGUUAUUCAUUUUCCAGACAGCUGCCUUGCUUGAAGUUUUCAACGCAGCUGUGGGAUUCGUCAAGUCAUCGACGCAAAACUCAUGGGGAUAUGUUUUAAUCCUUGCUGCUUGGACUGUCACAGAAGUUAUCAGAUACACCUAUUAUGCCUUCAACCAACUCAACAUGACGCCUUUCAUCCUCACAUACCUUCGAUACACUCUCUUCAUCGUACUCUAUCCCAUGGGCGUUACUGGCGAGCUCAUCUGCAUCACAAAAGCACUUCCAGUGGUUCAUAGCUCGAAGCUUUACUCUUGGGGCCUUCCGAACACAUGGAAUCUCUCCUUCGACUAUUAUUACGUUCUAAUUGGAAUUAUUCCGCUGUAUGUAAUCUACUUCCCUCAAUUAUACAGUCACAUGUUCCGUCAGCGAAAGAAGGUUCUUUCUCCUCGUAGCGUGGACAAGGAGUCGAAGAAUCGUUAA